AUGAGUGAGGAAGACUUAAGCCUGGCACAUUCUAAGGAGGAAGUUUUGCGAAUAGGCGUGCGGGUGCCGCCAUUUUGGCCUGAAGAGCCGGCUUUAUGGUUUGCGCAGGUCGAGUCGCAGUUCGUUUUAUCUCGAAUAACGAGUGAUGAAACUAAGUUUUACUAUUUAGUCGCGCAAUUAGAUCAUCAACACGCAAUCGAGGUGAAAGACGUUAUUACUAACCCUCCAAAAACAGAUAAAUAUGAAAAAUUAAAACAAGAACUUAUUAAACGCUUAUCUGCAUCACAGGAGAAGCGUGUUAAGCAGCUUUUAAUGCAUGAGGAGUUGGGAGAUAGAAAGCCAUCUCAAUUUUUACGUUACCUGGCUAGUUUGGCCGGUCCGUCUGUGCCGUCCGAAUUUCUAUUAACCAUAAGGUCCAGCAGGUUGCCGCAGAACAUUCAGACCGUAAUAGCUUCGCAGAUGGACCUCGACAAGGACAAACUAGCAGAGCUGGCCGAUAAGGUGCAUGAGAUCGCACCGUCCUCACCGCAGGUGGCAAGCACCUCUUCUGCUCCAGCAUCUUCCCAGAGCGAAAUGGCGCAGCAGAUUGCGGAAUUAACCAGGCAAGUGGCUUUACUUUCCAGUAGACUCGAACGAUCAGAGAGACCUCAUUCAAAGUCACGGAAUAAAAGGUACCGCUCACGCAGCCGCUCUAAAUCUAGACAGCCUCCAGCAAACCAUCCAUCCUCCUUGUACCAUUUUACAGUUGGUGCGAAAGCGGCCAAGUGUAAGCAGCCUUGCACGUUCCAGUCGGAAAACUCCAAGGGCAGUCGGAAGUAG